CCCUAGUAAAUACAUUCACAUGUGAUUCGGCAAAAAAUAUUUAAAAUAAUAAAAUUACGCUAUAAUAAAGCAUUAUGAGUCGGAUAUUUCAGCAGAAUCGUGCACUUGGAUAUGUGUCAAAUCAAGUUCCAGCAACAGUUCGAUAUGUAACUGGACGAAAAGAGAAUUUAGUGACAACAUGCGUUGGAAAAUCAUUCCAAACAUUUAAUUGUACACAUUUUCGACUUUUAACAGUGUCUGGAUUACAUCCAGAGGAAAUAACAUGUCUAGCUAGUGACAAAUUCUUGAUUUAUUCAGCAAGUGGAACAAUUAUUUAUGGAUGGAGACGUGGAAAUGAGAUUAAACACAGAUAUGUUGGACAUAAAUCAAAAGUAACUCAUAUUCUACCUUUUGGAAAUCAUAUAAUAUCCGUAGAUGAGGAUAGCUUAUUGAAAGUAUGGGAUAAAAAAAGUGAAUGUCUUCAUACUGAGAUUCCAUUCCAAAAUGAAUCAUUUAAAAUUACAGCAAUAAUGCAUCCACAUACUUACGUCAAUAAAAUCCUAUUAGGAAGUGAACAAGGAACAUUACAGCUAUGGAAUGUUCGUCAUGGAAAGCUGAUUUAUACAUUCAGUGGAUUUUCAAGCAAAAUAACAGUUAUUGAGCAAUCUCCAGCUAUUGAUGUUGUUGCUUGUGGAAUGUCAAAUGGUCAAAUUGCUUUAAUUAAUUUAAAAGUUGAUAAGAUUCUCAUGGAAUUUACACAAGAAUGGGGAAUGGUCACAGGAAUUGCAUUCAGAACAGACGGUCCAACAAUGAUGGCAACAUCCAGCAUCAAUGGACAAAUUGCAUUUUGGGAUUUAGAGGAAAAGAAGAUUGUCAGCACUUUAUUAGCUCAUCACGAUAGUGUCAGUACACUCAAAUUCCUUCCAAAUGAGCCACUCUUAUUAACAACAUCAAUAGAUAAUUCAUUAAAGUUAUGGAUCUUUGACAAACUUGAUGGAACCCCAAGAAUGUUGCGUUACAGAGAAGGACAUUCAUCUCCACCACUUUGUAUUCGCUAUCAUGGCUCUAAAGGCGAUAGUAUAUUGUCGUCUGGCGAGGAUUCAUCAUUAAGAAUAUUCAGUACAAUAUCUGAGACACUUAAUGUUAGUCUUGGAAGGGCCAGCUACAACAGAAAGGCUUCUAAGAAAAUGAAUAAAUUGAGUGAUGAUCACCUAUUAAUGCCUCCAAUAACAAGCUUCACGUCUGAAAUGACAAGAGAGAAGCAUUGGGAUAGUAUUGUGGCUAUUCAUAAUAAUUUAGUUGAGGCAACAACUUGGUCAUUUGAUAAGAGAAAAAUGGGAGACUUAAAGCUUAUGCCAGAAAGAUUUAAGAAGACGAAAAGAAGUGAUUUCAAGACUUUUGCAACAUGCUUGACUAUGACUCAUUGUGGAAAUUUUGUCCUCAUUGGAUACUCGUCUGGAGAUAUUGAGCGAUAUAAUAUGCAGUCAGGAAUUCAUCGAGCAACUUAUGGGAAUCCAGCACAUAACAAUGACGUCCGUGGUAUUUAUGUGGAUAAUUUAAAUCAAUGUGUAAUCAGUGCUGGAGUUGAUACAAAAUUAAAAUUCUGGAAUUUCAAGACAAAAGAAGCAAAAGAUGCUUUUGGAGAAAUUAAGCUUCAAGACAGCAUUUUAUUUGUCAGAGGACAUCGCGAAAGUUCCAUGCUUUGUGUUGUUCUUGAAGAAUUUACAGUCCUUAUUAUUGACUACGACACAAAGACUAUUGUGAGAAAAUUCAUAGGACAUUCAGCUCCAAUUACUGAUGCAUGCUUUAGUCCAGAUAGUCGAUGGUUAAUUACAUCCAGUAUGGAUUGUACGAUAAAAAUUUGGGAUAUUCCAUCAUCAUAUUUAAUUGAUCAAUUUAAAAUGUCACAGCCUUGCAUUUCACUGUCAAUGUCACCGACGGGAGACUUCCUAGCUACAGCACAUGUUGAUUUCCUUGGUGUCUAUCUUUGGGCUAAUAAGACUCUUUAUGAACACAUCUCAUUAAAAUCAAUUAAUCCUGAAAAUGAAGCUCCAUCCGUUGAAUUACCAAAUAUGCUUCAAUUUGAGCAUAAAUAUGACAUUGUUGAUGCCAUGAAUCUUAUUAAAAUUGAGCCAGAAGCUGAGGAUGACGAAGGAGAAUACAUUAAUUUAGAAUAUAAAAGUCCAUGUCAAAUUGAUGAUGAUUUAAUUACAAUGUCAAGCUUAUCAGAAGCAAAAUGGAAGAACUUGCUCGAUUUGGAUAUUAUCAAGAAGAGAAAUAGACCAAAAGAGGCACCAAAGAAGCCUAAACAAGCUCCUUUUUUCCUUCCAACUGUUGCUGGAUUAGAAAUGGCCUUCAAUGUGAAUGGAAUCGUGCAGGAUGAUGACAGCACCAAGCUUAAAACCGUCUCUAAUGUAGAGAAUCUUACAGCAUUCGGAAUUGUCCUCAAGAAGUCAUCAGAAUCAAAUGACUACAUAAAUUCAAUUAAUCACUUUGUGACUCUUAAUCCAUCAAUGAUUGACUAUGAAAUUCGUUCAUUAGCUCCACUUAGUGGUGGAUCAAUUAAUCUUAUGGACAAAUUCCUUAAAAUGAUUAUUGAAAUGUUCAACAGCAAUCUGAAUUUCGAAUUAGCUCAAUCAUAUCUUGCAUUAUUUUUAAAAGCACACGAAGAAAUUAUUUCUGGAAGUAAAACUUUAAUUAAAACAUUGGAUGAAGUGGAAGUAGCUCAGAACAAGCGCUGGUCAACGCUUGAAGAACAACUUUUGUACAGCAUUGGAGUUGUUAAUCCACCCCAGCCAAAGUUGAACAGAAGUAAUCAAUCGACUGGCCAUAAAGAAUACAUGGCAUCAGCUAUUCCUAGAAAUCCGAUCAUUACUGUGACUGAGCAUACACCUACUCCAUCACCUGAUUUUAUGAGAAGACAGGGUUCAAUCGAAUCGCAACUUGAUGCUAUGAGUGUUAAUGGCAGCCAAACUGGUAUUUACAAAGCCCAAAUGCUGAGAUCACAAACUGAUUCACAUAUUGUGUAUGCUGGUCUGGAUGAAAAUGAAAUUCCUGGAUCUUCAUUUUACAUCACAAAAGAAGGUGGAAUAAACUAUGAAGUGGUUCUACUUGCUGUUUAUCAUGUCCUUAAACGAGAAUCGAAUACAACAUCAUUGAGGAUACUUGAGACUGGAUUGAAUAUUUGUGAACUGUUGAUUGAUUUUGGUGUCCUUAAGUUGGGAGAACAUUCGCAUAAUCUAACAAUUGGAAUAAUCAUACGCGCAUUAUUGCAUCUUGGAUGUCAAAAUGGAUGUAAUGAUGGUGUUCGAGGAGCACAAGCUGAAUUCUUGAGACUUCAAUGUAACUCCAAUUUAUCACGACUGUUAAAGCAGUCAUCUACAUUCUCGAAGAAAUAUCUAAGGAAUAUGGUUCGUGAUUCCUCCUUACAUGAGCUUAUUGAAUUUUUUCAUGCUUUCGUGGGAUUUUGUGUGGAUCCAAGUUCACUUUUAUCACCACUGAACCAUAAAAGAUCGACUGGAAUAAAAUCAUUGAACAUUCCUGAACAUGGCAUAAAAUCAGCUGGCGGUCAAGGAUAUGCAACAAACUUUGGAUCUGGCCUGACUGGAAAUGCUGAGAGUCAAAUUGUCGCUGCUAUCUUCAAGUCACUUGUUACGAGGUUUGUUGAGGCACAGAAGGAACUGAAGAGUCCUGAGAAUAUUGGCCUUUAUUGUGAUGUUCGACAGCUAAUCACUUACAUCAAAGGAGCUCAUGGCGGUCCAUUUAGAAGAGUCGCAUUAAGUGGAAUAUUAGCAGUAACUCCAAGACCUCAUAAAAAGGGUCCGCAAUUGACAACAACUCGAGUUAUUCGCCACAUUCCACAAACUGGAGAAGUUCAAACGAUUGCACCGAAUCCAAAUAUUCCACCAGAUGACAGAGCAGCAAGAAAAUUAUACUUCAAAAAGAGAAGCACUUCAUCUGCAUGCGCUAGCUUGUUAGAAACAGAUGGAGCUGAUGAUCAAGUUCGUCAGAGUCCCUUAGCAACAGUUAGACGAAAGAAUCAACGUCCAACGUUGACACCAAGACAAAGCGAACGAACAUUAUUAACUGAUUCACCAUGUUCCGAUCGACAAUCAUUCAGUCGCUUGAGUGGCUUAGCUCGAUGGUUCCGUGGAUCCAAGGAUAAUUCAAUUGACAUUGAAGCUGGUGGAACUGAAAUGUCAUCUUAUUUGAGAAAAAGCUCUGUUGGAUCUAAUAGAGGAAGAGGUUCUGAAGGAAUUGGACGGUCAUUCUUGCGAGCUAGGCGUAGAGUUGAAAGACGAUUGGGACGAAUGGGAAUCGGUAAAGGGAAGAAAAAAGUUGGUGGAAUAGAAGAAAUCUCUGGAAGCUAUUUCAGUCAUCGCAGUUCUGUUGAUUUGGGUGACGGUCCGAGAGAAUCUGAAGUUGUAAUAUUAAAAGAAAGGCGUUUAAUUCCUACUGAACCAGUACGUGAAGGAAUGAUGAGAUUCUCUUUCCUUCUUGAAAUUUGUGCUCCAGGCACAGUUCCUGAUCCCCAAUUAAUUGGUGCAAUAUUGGACUUACCACAAGCUCCAUUGAUUACCAGAGCUACAUUUCUCUUAGAAUGUGCUCAUUAUGUGCACUUGUGUAACCGAGGUCAGUGGCCAUCGUGGAUGAAACAAAAUUUGCCAUCAUUCAGACCAUCAGGUCCAAUACAGAAUCGAGCAAGUGUAUCAACAAGUAUUCGUCGUGUACAUCUCAUGCAAAGAGCUGCUGGAAAGACAUUCUAUCAAUGGGCCGAAUGCAUUGGAAUUCGGUUAGAAGAAAUGAUUAAAAGUGACAAGGCAAACCAUGAUUAUAUUCAAGCUUCCAUGUCAGAUCCUGAAAGACAGAAGCAAUUGAUUUUACAGGAUGAGGAAGAAGAUUUUCUUGAUGACAUGAGUGUUAACAUUCACGGAAAUGAUUGUCCAGCAGCAUUGAAACUUGUCGCUGCUGUUGUGUUAUUAGAAAUUACGGCAUUUCUACGUGAAACUUACCAAACAAUCCCAAAAUCAACUCGAAUGUCACACAAAGAAAAACAGCCUGUACAUCAUCCAUGGGAUCAUCACCAUCAAGUCUAUGAAAAAGCAAAUCGAAGAUGGUCUAUGGCAUUAAGUUCUAUGGGUCAUUCACAGACAUCAGCACAAAGUUUACAAAGCAUUGCUGGCGAAGGCGAACGAAAAAUAUCAUUUGUAUUGCAUGAACCUGACAAUGAGUCUGAAGGAAGUAGCAAUACAACGCUAACAUUACAGGGAGAAGAGAUGAUGAUGCCUUCAACAUUGUCACAAAGAAGACCAGUGGCUACAGUCAGACCAUUUUUAUUAAGACGAGGUACUGCAACAAAUACAGGAGGUUCAUUCAAGCGUAGGUCAUUAAAACUACGUAGAAACACAAAGGAAGGGAAAGAAAUUGAAAAUGAAUAUUCAAUGCAGUCAAGAAGAAAAGUGUCAUCAUUAUCAGAUCGCAGUGACAAUUCCGAGCAUGCAAGUGGCGGAGAAGAAGAAUCACCAGGAAUUUUAAGUGACGAUCAUGAACAGCCACCAGAUUCUCCAAAUGAGUCUAAUGAUUCCGAUGAGACAUCUAAAAACUUUCCAUGGAUGCGUUCAGUCAUUGCUAUAUUGAAUUCUUUCAAUUAUUACUGUUCACAUCAGUCAUUUUGUCAUCCAUACUGUUAUAAACGUCAUAUGAGAGCUGCAUCAAGAUUAAUUAAGUCUGUGAGAAAAAUUUAUGGAGAAGAGUUCGGUCUUGUUCCAUCAAGUUACUUGCAAACUGAAACAGUCAAGUCAUCGAAUGGUCGUCGUGAAAAAACUCGUGCAGGUCGUAAAAUUUCAGAUCAAAGUUCAUCACAUACUUCACCAUCACGUCGUAAAGACAGUACUAGUAGACGGGACAGGAUAAUUCAUGAUGACUCGGAACAGACAUCAUCACAAUAUUUACAAAAGAUGGAGGAAAAGAAGCAAAUUAAAGAAAAUUCAUUGAUUUUAAAAUAUGUUAAAAAUCACGUUCGCGACUUAUUUCAUGUUCCAUUCUCAGCACUGCUUAAAGGUGCUGUUAUAUUGACAGAAGAUCAAUUUGUUGAGGUUAUUCCUGUAGCAUGGGAACUCUUAUUAGAAACAAAUCAAGAAACAGCUGCGUCUGCAGCUGCAUUCUUUAUCCUUUCGUCGGUAAAAGCUCCAGCACAAGCAUCCGAAAUCAUGCAAAGAGCAUUAAAGCAUAAAGAUCCAACUGUAAGAAUAAAUGCUAUAUUAAGAUAUCAAAUAUUAUGGAAAUCCAGAUUUCAAGUAUGGCCAAGAAUGGAGGAAGGUGCUCAUGUCACUUUUAAAGUUCCACCGCCGGGCAUAGAAUUCACACUUCCAUCUCCAAAAAUUGGUAUUGAAUGCUUACCAGUUGUAGAUCCACCGUGGGCACCACGUCAACAAAAUAAAGAUAUGGAUGUUGAGGAACGUCACAGACAUUAUGUAUCAGCUGGAAAAUCUAGAAAGAAGCAACAAAGUGAUGCAAUUCGUCAUGCUAUGCAGAUUCAAGAAAAUAAGACACGACAGGAACGUCAUAGCUUCCUUAUUACAACAAUUCCCGUUGUUCAGCAAGCAGCACAUGAAAGACUUGAUCAUACACCAAGUGAUGAUCAUGUUGGCGAUAUAGAGGAAGAGGAUGGAGCACGAGCAGUUCAUCUACAUGCUGCACAUUCACUAUUUCCAUCUAUUUUAUGUUCAUCAGUUAUGCAAAUUGUUGGAUCACUCGAUGACUGUGCAAUUGGUGCUGAUGGAACUGCUGUUUAUGAAGUCGCUUAUCAAGUUAUUUGGGGAUGUCUUGUUGAAGACUCUGCAUUGUUUUUGAGAUUCGUUCUUGAACGAUUGACACGUGAAAAGCCUGACCAGCAGUUUAAGCUAUUACGUCAUUUGAUAAGAUUUGUUCCGAAGCUUCCACAACAAGCUGCAUUUGCACUUUAUAAUUACAUCAUUGGAUAUAUAAUGUUUUAUGUACGGACUACACAGGAAAAUAGUCAGAAACUUGUUGGAUCAGCUCUUUCAGUUUUAUGGAUGGUUGUACAUUCUGUCCAUGGAAUUAUGUUCAAAGAUUUAAAGCAAAUUUUACGUAAGGAACAAUGUGAUGCUUCCGUCUUGUUAACAGCAAAUGUACCAUCAGCUAAGAAAAUUAUCGUUCAUGGACCAGAUGAUAAUGAUGAAGGAAUUAUUCCAAGUCAAUUUCCAGUUUUGGAGGAUACACAGUUCUUAAUGUUGUUACGUGAAAGUCUUGAUUUCUUCGGAAUCGAUGAGAAACACUACAAUAAUUACUUCCUGAUUGACUAUAAGACACAUCAGAUGCUUAAUUCUAAUUGGUUCGUUCGUGACUUGUAUUUCUUCAAGCGUUCUCAAUAUCCACAACUUAGAAUGAUUGAAAUGAAAUCAGAUGAAGCCUUUAUUGCUCUGCAACGUCAAGAACUUAUUAAGAAAUUUGUUGAAAUUGGUAAAGUCCACUUGACUUGGGCAAUUUUAAAGAAUGUAGACAUGGUUGUGCAGCGUGUUGUGUUCUUGCAUGAAGAAUUAAUGAAGCUGCCUUCAUUCCCAAGAAAAGCACUUGAAAGUGACUUGGAUUUGUAUCAUGGCGGUGAUUAUGGAAAGGAACUUUUAGGCCUUGAUGUACUGCACAAAUUCAUGUGGGUACGAUUGAUUGCUAGGAUGUUUGAAGCUAUGGCUGGAAAUUUUGCAUAUUCUGCAGACAUUCAAUUAUUUUUAAAUGUACUUGGUGGUGCUGCUAUUUUGCAUUCUGAGGACUGUUGUAUCAUGCGAUAUGUCAUGGCAACAUUCAUCAAUGCUGCUUUUAAUUUUAAAAAUAUCUUCUCUACGAAUGGUUACUUUAUGAUAAUGCCUACAUUACUGCAAAUCUAUUCCUUACAUCAAACAAAUAAAUUAAUCACAACAACUAUAGAGUAUGCAGUAAAGCAGUUCUAUAUGAUGAAUAGAAAACCAUUCAUCUUACAAAUGUUUGGAAGUGUCUCGGCUAUUUUGGACACUGAUGAAGAUGGUGCUUUUGGUGAGGCGUCGAAAGUUCAGUCUAGCUGCCUUUUUAAUCUCCUUAUGAGCUUGGAAACUCCUUCACCUGAUCCUUUAAAUAUUGCUGAAUUGGUCAAGGAACCAAAACCUUUAAAAGCUAUUGACUUUUGUUAUCAUGAUGAAGAUGAAAUGGUUACAGUCUUGGAUUGUAUUACAUUAUGUGUCAUGACUGUCUCUUAUUCUGCUGAGAGCUUAAGGGGAUAUCAAAUGCUGAUAAUAUUGGAAGCGAUUCUACCCUGCUACAUGCAACAAAUCCAGUCACCAAACUACUUCAACAAUACCUACAUAUCACUUGAAGGAAAAUGUGAACGGGACAUCAUCAUGCAACUGGCAAUUACAAUUAGAACAAUGGUACAUAAUUGUGAAGGACUCUCGAAAAGCUAUAAUGGUCCGUACCGUAACAGUCCCGAGCACAAAGGUUCUUCUCAAAGAAAUCAAUCUCGUGGACCACCUCCAUCGCCUGGAUUUGAUUUUGAAGAGGAAUCACAUUCAAAAUAUGUUAGUGACAUGGGAAGAAGUGGAAAGAACUUACCAGAAAUGGCUGAAGAUUCUGAACUUGUUAGGACUGAGUAUCGUCGUGCAAGAGAUGUUCUUUUGUCACUAGUUGGAGAAUUUUUAAACAGAGCAACGACAAGAUUACAGGAAUUAUCUAGAAAGCCUGGUGCUGAUUCUAAGUAUGUUGAGCUUCUUGAUGCUAAAUGUCAUAUCCGAUUAGCUGACAUUGCACAUUCAUUACUAAAAGUAUCACCAUAUGAUCCUGAUUCUAUGGCAUGUCGAGGACUUCAGAGAUAUAUGACUUAUAUCCUUCCUCGUGCUGACUGGGGAGAUGAGAAGAUGAAAGCAGCACUAGUAACAAUUUUGAGGAGACUAGACAAAGUUUUCUUGAAGAUUUCAAAGAAACCAUCAAUCAGACGUAACACAGAUUGGGAAGCAGCUGCUGGAUUAUUAAAAGGAAUCCACGAAACAAUUGUUAGAUGUCCUUUUGUUCUUCAUUGGCAGCAAAUGCGUUCACUUCUUUUAACUGUUCAAAAUUUGAUUAUUAAUGAGGCGUCAACUGAGAAUGUAUCAAGUGCUAGUGCAGCUUUAAUGAGUCAAAGUCCACCAGCAUUUUUCUGUUCAACAGUUGUUCGACUAAUUGCCUUACAACUUGUAAGUCCAGUUGAUUGUUUCACUUUGGAACAAGUUUGUGGUGGAACAGCUGAAUUUGCAACACAAGAAAAAGCAGAAGGAUUUUUGAUGCACCUGUUGAUGCCUUUAUGCUUGAAAAUAUGUUCUGGUAGAGGAGUUUCAGAAGUAGGAGAACUGAGAGACCAGGACAUCUCAUUUUUAGUCACAGUAAUUUUAAACUCAAUGAGCCCACCAUCGGGACGUACAGCACAGUCUGGAAUUUCAACAAAUCGUGUUGUUAGUGAAAUAAGAGGUGGUUCAUUGACAUUUACUGGAUCUAGGGAUGCUAAGAGACCAGCAAAAAUAUCAGGCACACUUUAUCAAGCAGCCUUUUUAGCAUUAAAGGUACUUUGUGUAUGCUUUGAGUCUCGCUUGUCGCCUGAGUGGCCAAAAGUAGCUAGAAUUAUGAGAGAUUUGGGAAGAAGAAAUGAAGCAGCACCAGAACUAUGGAGCUUUUUAGAAUUUGUAGUAACACAUCGAACACCACUUUAUAUAAUUUUGAUGCCAUUUAUAUUACAUAAAAUAGCACAGCCACCAAUUGGUGACCAUGAGCGUCACAUGCAGUUCUUAAUUCGUGAAAGAUUGAGAGGUUUGGCACCGCCGGGAGGGAUUAAAUCUCGUGGAUGCUUACUCCUUGAAUUAGCACGAGAACUAAAAGAUUUACGUGAUGAAUUGGAAGAGAGACGAAUUGAUAAGGAAAAUACAGCUAGUUCAGAACCAACAAAGAAGGAAUCAUCGACAGUUACUGUUCAACCACUCGAGCCAGUAUCCAAAUCUCAGCAACGACCAUCAUUGAUUUCAAUCUUGACAGGUGCUGGUAAUCAACAUGCUUCCCAAUUCUCAAUGCAACAAGAUUCAAGAUGUGGAACUGGAUUUCAUACACCAAGUGACACAUUGUCACAACAAACUUUACAUCCACCACGAGAGUCACUUUCAAGUUCGUCAACAACAACUAAUCGAGAACCGGGAGUUACGAGUGAUACAAUUAGUGCUGAUGGAACCCAUGGAACUUGUCAAACAAUCAUUUCACGAGCAUCAAGUAUUAGACGCACAAGUCGUUUUAAUUCCCCAAAUAUGUCAGGAAGUGUUCCACAUUUAUCACAUUCACAUUCUAUGCAUCAUCAUCAUUCAUUAAAAAUUCAGCCACCAAAAUUAAGGUUUGUAUCGUCAGUUGAGUUUAGAGAUCCAGCAGGUGAGACAAGUACAACUCCAUUGUCCCCAGAUAGUCCAGCUGAUGACAGUUCAGGCGAAACUCAGAAGCAUCGAUUACAAAGAUCGAAAGGUCAGUCACGUAAAACAUUUAGAUACAAGCGAGGUCGUUUAAAUCAACUGGAUGCACCAAACCUUAUAACUCCACCAUCAUCAGCUCCACCAACUCACACACAAACGACUAUUCAAGUAAGUGCUACGACUCCAACAAAUUCACCACAUUCACACUUCCAUUUGCCACCCCUUGAACCUAUGGAUAAUAAUGGACGUAAUAAUGAUACUGACGUUCCACAUUCAUGGGAUUCUGUCUCACAGACAUCAUCAACAUCUGGGUAUAGAGAUAAUUAUAGCUUCCAAACAGGAUUAUUAUCCCCAGAUGGAUCAUUAAACUUCAAUGAAUUAGCAUUGGAACGAGGCGGUGUCUCAAUUCCACGAUCAUCAUCACAAAAUUCAUUAUUGAUGCUGUUUGAAGCACAAGACGAAGAAGAUACGUUGAUAUAAGAUUAAAUGAAAUAAUAAUAAUAAUUAAUUAACAAAAAAAAACGCAUAAAACUUAUCAGUAUUUGAUGUUAGAUGCCAAAUGAAGAUGAAAAAUGUUGACAGUAUUUUAAUUUUUAUGUGACAUAUUUACAUACUCUCCAGUUCUACACGUUUUAAAAUAUUAUGAAAACAAUUUAUUUAUCUACAAUCUUUACGUGAAAAACAAUAUUUAAUCAAUAAUAUACAGUAGGGUUGGGUGUAGGUUUGAUGAAAGUUUUGAGAAUGAUUUGGAUAGAGCAAGUUUUUUUAUGAAUUUGAUUCGGAUUUUGUAUGGAAAAGUCAACUCAAGUCGACUAGAUUUGAUAAAAUGUUUGAGUCAAGUUCAAGCUCAGUUGAAAAUCAUACCUUACGAUUAUAAUACAAAACAAAGUUGAGCAAUAUCAAAUUAGAUUAUUUAACCUAGUGUUAGAUCUGGUUUCCUAGCUUCUAAUCUAAAUUUCAAAAAGGUUUAAAACUAGAUUUUUUUUAAAGAAUAGUUUUUAAAAUGAGCUUUAAAAAGCUAAGACAUUUCAAAGCCUAGCAAUUCAUUUUAAUAGUUCAGGACGAUGAUAUAAUUCCUAAGCGCUACAACCUUCUGAUUCUCGAUCACCAGAAAGGACCAGGUUUUUGAAAAUCGUUUCUUUAAUCUUCACAUUAACUCCUUUAUCAAAGAUAUCGGUUCUCAAACUUUGUGGCUGAGUUGAUCUAACCUGAUAAAAAAUCUCAAAAAUUUCUUCAAACCUACUCAACUUUAAUUUAAUCUUUUAAACUUUACAAUGAACUUUUUUUUUGGAAAGAUGCAAAGAAAGCAACAAAAGAAAUAAUUUUUUGAGCGAAUGAGACUUAUUUUAUUUAUUGAGAUGCAUUUUAUUGAAACGCUUUUAUUCUGAUGAUAUAUCUAUGUCUUACAUAUUGACGUGUAUUAUUCUUGAGAAAUGAAAUAAUAUUUAGUAUUUUAGGGAUGAUAAAGGCUUAUGAGAGUUACACAAUAAGAUGUUGUAUUUUGUAGAAUGUUGAUGUUAAUUGUUAGACAUAAAGUUGAUAAUAUUAUUGAUUUGAAAAUUAGAAUGAGAUUUAGGUUUGGGUUAUGAGUCAUGUGUUUUGGGAGAUUUUUCGAAGGGGAUUAGGAUUUUUGUUGGCAUAUAAGAAGUGGAUGAGAACAAUUGAAGUAAAUUUGAACGAAAUUACGAUCUAGAGUAGGUUUUAAUCUGCCACAAUUAAGUUUCUAAUCUUCCCAAAAAGUCUUUCAACUUAUGAACAAAGAAGUUGAGAGUUAGAAAAGUUGAAUUAUUAAAUAAAUUACGAGGAAGGAACAUAUUUUGUAAUAGUAUUAACAAGAAUAUGAAAGAUUGAUGUUAUUUAUCAUACGUAACAGACUAACAUAACAUAAUUAUUGAGUAUUUUUAAAAGUCAAAAGAGAUUCAUAAAGUUGAGGACAUUAUGAAUAGAAUCCAAAGAGUUUCCAAAACUUUUUAAAAAGUAUUUUAAAAUUUAAAUGAGAUUGGAAAGAGAAAGUGGAUAAAACAUUUGAGAAGCAACAUAAAAAUGCCUACAAAUUUUGCUGACAAUUAACAAUUUUUAAACAAGUUUAUUGUUGUGUGUUGUUAAACUAGAAGUUUUAGAGUCAUUAAAUGAUAAAAAGAAACAUAAUUAAUGUUAACAUUAAAAAGUAACAGAUUAGAUUUGUUUUAGGUGAAAUUGAGAAAGGAAGAAAAUUUGUAGAUGAGAAUUAUUAAAAGAGAACACUUGAUUAAGUACGAAAAUUAGAGAUAUAUUUUUGAUGGAUUUAUGAAACACGUUCAUCAAGAUGUUUUUUGAAAAUUGGAUGCAAUUUUCCUUUAUUAACUGAUUUACUUUUUAAUGCAAAAUUUAACAGUAUUUUAUUUUACAAUGAAAUGCCAUUUAUGAAAACUUUUAUGCCAAACAUUUAGAUUCAUGUUGAUGCCAAACGAAUGUUUAGU